GGUGAAACUAAGACUCCCGUCCACUCACGAGAGUUGGGUUCCGUGACUCCACCUUCUUGCUUCUCUCUCACACUUUCUUCUUCCCUCUACCCUGCACGAGAAGGCAAAGCCAACCCAAGAAGCAAAAUUUGAAGUGCAAAAUUUUCAAGCAGAAUCGCGGCUGCUAGAUCGAGAGGUGGGAAAAGAUCGUUUCGUGAUCCCUGAGCUUGGAGGCAUUGGAUCGAAUCGGAGCCGUUCGAUCCCGUUGAUUCGACGGCGAUGGGUCUCUCGAGCCUGCCGACGCCCUCGGAGGGCAUGCUGACCCUCCUCCUGGUGAACACCGCCCUCAUCGUCUCCGUCCUCAAGGAGAUCGCCUGCUCCGUCCUCCACAUCCUCGGCUUCCGCACCUUCCCGUCGCCUCCGGACCCGGCCGGUUCCGGCUCCGCUUCCGAUUGGCCUCCGGAGCCCACCCUCGCCGACCGCUUCCGGAGCCGGUUCAAGCCCAUUCGGUUCGGGUCGGCCUUCGGCCUGCGGCGCCAGCAGGCGAUCGACUGCCGGGUUUGCCUGAUCCGGUUCGAGCCCGAGUCGGUGGUGAACCGGCUCCCCUGCGGCCACCUCUUCCACAAGACCUGCCUCGAGCGCUGGCUCGACUACCAUCACGCCACGUGUCCCCUCUGCCGAUCCCACCUCCUCCCCACAGACGAGCCGCCGUCCCCGCCGCCGCUGCCGCCUCCUCUUCUUCGAUCUGGUAUUAUUAGUAGUAAUUACGGCGGUUGCCACUGAGGGUUCUAAGUGGUGUUCGGUUUGAUGAUGAUACGCGGUAUUUUUUUUUUCAGUUUUUUUUUUUUGUAGUUUUAAUUAUUGUAAAUAUAUAUGACGACUGUUGUGUGUACAGUUAAACUUUCUGUAAGGAACUAAAAAUGCACUUUUUCUAAUUUUGGAUAUUUAUUUGGUUCUUGUCAUCU